CCUUUGGCAGAAAGGACAUCCUCUCCAAGUAAUUUCACAACCCAAUCAUGAGCCCAGGAUCCUUCACACAACUCUUCAUAACUCCUACACGCGAUCUCAACUUCCAGCAUGUCACAACCAAACACACCCUCUCCCGAUACAAAUCCUAACAGCACUUCCAGCAUCAGCGCGGCCGCUCACACCUAUCAGCUCGCUAUGCAAAACCAAUCGCAUUCAGCAACCCCACAAGCAGCCACCCCCUCCGGCGUCCUCCAAAUGCCCGGCGCAACACGAGAUGUGGUUAUGGAAGAUGCGCCUCUUCACAGACCUGCAGUAUGCCUUAUACUUCCCCCAGACCCUAUUCCUCCACCCAAUCCUGCAUCCUCCCACCCUUCAAUUGGACUUUUCCUCUCGCGGCUGUCCUCUGCAGUAGAAAUACUUACUCAUACAUCCUCAUCACAGUCUCCUGCCGCUGCAAUCCUCCCGCCUACAACUCAUUCUCACUCGCCCAUUUUACCGCCUUCGCAUCAGGCUUCCACAGCGACUGCGAAUCUCAACCGUGAUGCAGCUUCUCCGGUUCCCGUUCCUGCGCGCACAAGUACGCCUGUACCGAAAGUAAAUGGAAAUGCGGAGAAUUCGUCGAGAGCUACGAGUCAGCAUCCGGAUGCGGGGCCAUCAUUACCAAGUGAAGCAAGUGUACAUGGAGCGCCAGCGCGAGUUUAUUUGAAUCAGACUGUUACAGGAAGUUUACUGGAGGGCAUGAAGUUGUUGGCUAAGGACCAGUAUGUACCCUGGAUCAUUUGGCCGAUUGAAUGGCUUUCUGGUGGUUGUUGGCUAACGAUUAAUUCUUGCUAGACCAAAAGAUCCUUUAAGAGUACUAGGGGAAUUUCUUUUGUCAAAAUCCAAGGAGUUGGAGGGAGGGAAUCAAUAAUGGAUGGAAUCUAAUUAUACCCAAGGCAUAUCAAAAGCAUUUCAAGAGCUCGGGCGUUCAAGGAUUUUGACAUAUCACGUUACGAUAUUUGGACAGUAGUUCAGGACAAGGCCGAUGCU